GAUGCUGCUUAUUUAGUUUAGUUUGGUGUGUCGCGUGCGCUAUCAGUUAGAAAGUUCGGAUGGGAAAGUGGCCUCAGCUCUCCAGUAGCAAAAGUGUUUAGUUCUUUCCGUGUUCGGCUUAAAUCAAACAUCAGAACAAUGAGGGUCAAACGGAAGUUCUGCAGCAAGAUGUAUGAAAGCUCUUGCUCCUACCAGUCAGCACUGGACCUGAAACGGGCCGCCUCGCCUCUCAUAACCCACCAAGUAAAGUCGGAGGAUUGCCUAGGUUUGACCCAGUGUGCCACCGACUGGGGCUCGUACCGUUUUCACCAGUCAACUUUUGAACAAUUGAAGCAAAGUGUAGAGAAAGCUAAAGCGGCACUGCAGGAUCGAACAGUUUUUCUCGGUAGUUCUAGUGCUUUCAGUGACAUUUACUCCUCCCCGCGACUAACGGAAUCAUUGGAAAAUGUGAUAACGCACAGUAGUUCUAACAACAAUAACACCGAAAACAGUAACACCAAUAAUAACGCUAGUGGAACAACAAGUAACAGUAUUAACAACACUGGCAGCAGUGCUAACAACGGCAAUGCCAGCGGAGGCGGAGGUGGUGGUGGUGGCGGCGGUGGAAGCAGUGGUAGUGGUUCCAGUAGUGCCAUCAGUGUGAUUAAUGCGACCUCCCUUGUGUCACCAAGCAAUCUGCUGGUGGGCAACGGACUCGCGUCUCAAAGACACCGAAGUGAUUUAUUGGGGACAGGUAAUCUAAAUCUCGUGUCGUCGACACAAUCGCCAACCACCACUUCCACGCCGUCGUCCAUAUUGUCGCAGAAUCUGGAAUCUCCCUCGCUGGAUGUAAAGCCUAGGCAAGAUUCAUCGUAUAAAUCAUCAUGGGGUUCGCACAGUUCAUCGCAAAGUCAAAGCUACAGUUCAAAUGCACUGAGCAGCGUUAGCGUCGGGAAAACCUCAUUAGAUGCACAUUCACACUUCAGACAGCCAGAUCCAUAUCAGAUGUUCGGUCCCACCAGCAGUAGACUAGCUAGUUCAGGUUCAGGUCAAAUCCAACUGUGGCAAUUUCUGCUGGAACUGUUGAGCGACUCAACCAAUGCCGCCUGCAUUACGUGGGAAGGAACCAACGGAGAGUUCAAGCUAACCGAUCCGGAUGAGGUGGCGAGGCGCUGGGGCGAACGGAAGUCCAAACCCAACAUGAACUACGACAAGCUGAGCCGGGCGUUGAGAUAUUACUACGAUAAGAACAUCAUGACCAAAGUGCACGGCAAGCGUUACGCAUACAAAUUUGACUUCCAAGGACUGGCCGCGGCGACGCAACCGCAGACGGAUCCGACGUACAAGUAUCAGAGCGAUCUGUUCAUGUCGCCGUAUCACCACGGGGCCAAGCUGAGCUCGUUUAUGAGCCCACACCACAGCAUGACGUCAUCUUCCGCCUCCAUCUUCCCGUCGGCCGCCUCCUGGGGCAACUGGGGCAGCCCAGCCACCAAUCUGUACCCCUCGCACACGAUGUCCCACGUGACCCCGUCGCACGUUGCGCCCCAUCUCGGAUCGUACCCACACUACGCAUGACCGUCACCGACUACCACCACUUCGACGCAUCACCAUCAUCACUCGCAGGUCGACAACUUUGACAUCUACAAGAAGCUGUCACCGUACGAAUAAUAGCAACAGCAUCAGCCCCCCGCCGACAGCAGCAGUGUGUGCGAGCAGCUCUACCGGCGCAACUUAGAUAAAUGUAUUUUAGAUCAUCUAAGCAAAUGUCUCAACUUUUAAAUUUCCAAACACAAAGAAUCAAAAGGAGAAAAAGAAAAAAAAGAUAUUAACAUACAUAUUUUAAAUGGUAAGAUUAUACAAGGCAGCCGAAAAGAGCGAAGACCCUAGUCAGUGUAUACUAGCAAUAUUUUUGGUGUAAACAAAAACAAACAAUUCUCAUAUGUCACAACAACAAAGAAAAUGAUCUAGUCUUCUUGAAUAGUCGAGUCAUCGUAGAUAUUUAAUUAUUGUAAGAAACUUAUUUAUUGUCUGUACAUAAAGGAACAUUGUAUAAAAAAAACAUGAAAAUAUUUCGGUUCGUUUUUGUGAUAUGUACAUGCAAAUUGGCAAGUAUUAACAAACUUGAAAAAAAAACUAGUCUUCUAUUUUGUAACAUUUAUUAACCAAACAGUGCAAAAAUGCUAUUUAAAAAAACCCUUUUACUCAUAUUUUCCAUUCCAUUCUAUUUUUUUUUUUCUAGUAUUAAAAAAGCAAAAGCAAAUAUUCGUACAUACAAAGACUGUGAUAGUUAACGACACUUGUUAAAAUUUUGUUCUCGCAACAGUUUUUACUGCAAUCGUCUACAACUAUUGAGGAAAAACUAUGUUUUACCGGUGGAAAAGAUCCGACAUCUUUACACGUAAGGACAGAUCUUAGCUUUCACCUGUACAUAAUUAUUUACAAAGUCUAAACAUACUCAGACCGAAAUAAGUGUAGUAAACUAAACGAAUAUCGAAGUAAGGAUAAUUCUUUGAGUAAAAGGAAAAUCAUGAGCAAUCGUAUGGAUGAAUUGAAUCAGAAGAAAAACGACCGACUGGUGCGUUGGAUUGUUCCCAUGGUGGAGCUUGUAAAUACAGAAAAAAGAUGAAAUCAAAGAAAAACGCACUCAUCGCUGUGACGAUAUGCUUAUCAAGAUCGAUCGUGGCUACAGUAAAUGUGUGCAGUUCAUAGCAAGUUUCUCUCAAACAGCUAAUAUCAGAUAACGAGUGAAAGUCUCCCAACAAAAUAAUCGUCAGUGGCUGGUACUAAAUAGAACGAACAUAUAUUUGAAAUUCGUAAUUGAAUGUCUAUUUCCCUGUCUGUCCCUUCCCACAUUCCUCGCCCGCAGUAAGUCCGACAGGUCCGUCUGGUCGCAGCACGCGGCCAGUAGCAGGACCUCGGAUCCGGGCGAUCCGGUAUCAGAAAUACAAAUAUUUAACAACAACAAAAAAAGUAAAACCUUAUAUUCAAUUAUAAAUGUGUAAAUGGUGUGUGACAAAACAAAAGCAAAAAAUAAAAAUACAAAAAACAAAGCGAGAACUAAGUCAGUCUUCAUUGUACAUGGAACAAAAAUAUGAUAAUUAAAACUAAAAAUGCUAAUAAAAUUCGUAUACAUGUUUGAA